UGUCUCAGUAGCUCCUUUAUCCUCGAUGGGUUAUCGGCUUCAUCAUUAUAAUCACAUUUUCCCCAUUUGCAGGACCUCCUUCUCCUCUUUUCGCUUCAAUCUCAGAGUGUGGUGUUGCAGUCAGAGUGGUAAAAAUCAGGGGCAAAUGGAGCAAAUAGUUGUUAAUGGCUCAGAGACACAAGUUGUAGUGGAUGAUUCUAAUUUGUUGCAAAAGAAAAUAUCUGCAAUUCGACUUGGGGGUCCUGCAAAGCUACAGGUAAUUGCAGAUUUUGAUGCCACAUUGACAAAAUAUCGGAUAGAUGGUUGCCGAGGCCAAAGCAGUCAUAAUGUUGUACAACAGGAGGAUCCUGAGUUCAAUGACAAGAGGCAGAAAUUAUAUGAGUAUUAUCAUCCCUUAGAAUUUGAUCCAACAAUUCCCCUUGAUGAGAAAACCAAGCUCAUGGAAGAGUGGUGGGGAAAAACACAUGCUCUUCUCAUUGAAGGAGGCGUUACAUACAAUGGAAUUCAAAAUUCCGUGGCUAAAGCCAGAAUUGCAUUCAGGGAUGGUGUAACUGAACUUCUUGAACUUUUGGAGGAAAAAGGUGUUCCUGUUCUUAUAUUCUCUGCAGGUUUAGCUGACAUAAUAGAGGAGGUGCUGAAGCAGAAAGUUCAUAGAUCUUUCAAGAAUGUUAGAGUUGUCUCCAACAGGAUGGUGUUUGAUGAAAAUGGCCACCUACAGUCAUUCAAAGGUAAGACAAUCCAUGUACUCAACAAGAAUGAGCAUGCACUUGACAUGGCUGCACCACUUCAUGAUCACUUUGAUGACGUGAAUGGACUGAGUGAUGAGAAAUCUGCAUUAAAAAAGAGAACUAAUGUGCUACUUCUUGGUGACCACAUUGGAGAUUUGGGAAUGUCUGUCGGCUUAGACUAUGAAACAAGAAUAUCUGUGGGUUUUCUGAAUGACAGAGUGGAAGAUUCUCUAGAAAGCUACCGAAAAGCUUUUGACAUUCUCUAUCUGAAUGAUUCAUCCAUGCAUGGAGUACUCAAGCUUGCGACUCAUCUUUGUUCAACAGAAAGCGAUUGAAUUGCAUGCAUUGCUCCUAGCAAGACUCUGUUUCCUUUCUUGGAUUGGCAAACAGCACGAAUGACCUCUACUUUCAUACAUUCUUAUAAGAAAUUGUGUCAAGGAUAUCUCCAUUCAAGUUACAUAGCAGCACUCCUAAUAUCGACAGCUUCUCAACAUUUGUUGUCACCAUCAGGCACUACCUCAAUCUAGGCAUGUUUACAGGCUUCACAUGCAGAGAAUGGAGAGAGUGGUAUCAACUAAGCUCCUGUUGAUGACCCUGAAUACCUGUACCUGCAUCAUGAAACGAUGCAGGCGAAAUGGCUCAGUACGUGGAAUGUCUCCGGUUUAGAGUAGAUUGAUUUACCUUGGGAAAUAAAAUAUUUGGGAACUCGUUGUAUUGUCCGUAGCUCAUAAUGUAGCUUGUUGCAAUUCACAAUGAAGUGGUGAUUCCAUUUAUAAGGAUUCUUAGAACCAUUUUUAACAACAUUUAAAGACCACCUAUCUUACAAGGUACUGAUGAUACCUCUAAGCUGCUACAAUGACUGGUGUAUCUUGUAAUUUCUUGUACGUUGUUUAUUUCCUUGUUCGAGUAUGAACGCGUAAUUCCUCUCUUCACUCCCAUUUA